UACGUUCAGUGGGCAGAUAGAGACACGGCUGUGUGUGUCUGUGUGGGAAAUGGACUGAGUGAGGGCGCUCUUUCGACCAGUGCUGCCGAUAGCAUUGAAAUACCCACAAGCUAGGUUGAAAUAAUUGACAAUUUUAGCUCGCUGAAUCAACAAGAAAAACAUAGUACCGGUAUCAGUCUUUCACAUCCCACUCCAAACACACUAACACGGCAUUGAUGGUAAUGUAUGCAAGGAAACAACCGAGACUCGGCGAUGGGUGCGACCGAAGAGAUUCUCAGCCCUAUCAGACUCUCAAAUACUCGUCCAAGAGCCAUCCAGGAGGGGACCACCGACAUGAGAAGAUGCGAGACUCCUCAGAUGUCACUCCUCCCUGCAAAAUGCUCAGGAGGUCUGACAGCCCUGAAAACAAACACAUCGACAGCACAGGGCACAGCAGAGCAAAGGCUGUCCAUACACACCGGGCCAGAGACAGGGAUGGAGGGACCAGUUAUUCUCCACAAGAAAAUUCUCACAACCACAGUUCUCUUCAUAGCUCCAACUCACAUUCUAACCCCAGCAAGACCUCAGACACACCUUACGAACCUGGUGACGACUGGUCAGAGCACAUCAGCUCAUCUGGAAAGAAAUACUAUUACAACUGCAGGACAGAGGUGUCCCAGUGGGAGAAGCCCAAAGAAUGGCUGGAGAGAGAACAGAGGCAAAAAGAGGCAACAAAGACUGCGGUUGUCAACAGUUUCCCCAAAGACAGGGACUACAGAAGGGAGGCUAUGCAAGCAUCGGCAGCCCCCGGCUUUACUGCUGCUAAGUCAGCACAGGUGGAGAAGCCCGCAGCUACCAUUGCCACCCAGUCCCAGUCAUCAUCCUCUAGCUCAGGGAGCUUGAACCCGUCAUCAGGGCCCCCUGGAUCAUCUGCCUCCACAGUGCCCGUGUCUCCGGUCCUGCAGUCUCCCGCCCCUCCACUACUCCAGGACCCCACCCUGCUUCGCCAGCUCCUCCCAGCACUGCAGACUGCCCUGCAACUCAACAAUGCCAGCGUGGACAUGGCGAAAAUCAACGAGGUUCUCACAGCUGCUGUCACACAAGCUUCAUUACAGUCGAUGCUCCAUAAGAUCCUCACUGCUGGACCAUCAGCUUUCAAUAUCACUACUAUCCUCUCUCAAGCUGCUCAACUCUCCAACCAAGCAGCCCAACAAUCGAACCAGUCACCCAUGUCGUUAACAUCGGACGCCUCAUCGCCCAGGUCUUAUGUUUCUCCAAGGAUCAGCACGCCACAGACCAACGCCGGUCCCCUUAAACCCCUCCUCAGCUCACAACCCGUCAUCUCGCAGACAAAAGUGAGCACGCCAGCAGGGAAGCAGGCAUCUCAUCCCCAGCCUGCAUCCCAACAGUCCCUCUCCAGCGAUAAACAGCACAGUCACGAUGCCACCACGGCCUCCCCGCGCACCCUCCAGCGCCAAGGCAGUCAGAGGAGUCCCUCCCCGGGUCCCAACCAUGUCUCUUCCUCCAGCAGCAGCACCGCCCCCAACUCUGCCUCCGCUCCUCCCUCCGCCUCAGCAGCCCGGCCCUCCUGCUCCUUCACCCCCACCCUCGCUGCCCACUUUAAUGAGAAUCUUAUCAAACAUGUGCAGGGCUGGCCUGCAGAACACGCAGAGAAACAGGCAUCAAGGCUACGUGAAGAGGCUCACACCAUGGGGAGCAUCUGUAUGUCUGAGAACUGCACCGAGCUCAAAAACCUGCGGUCUUUGGUCAGAGUCUGUGAAAUACAAGCGACAUUGCGUGAGCAGAGGAUACUGUUUCUGAGACAGCAAAUCAAAGAACUUGAAAAGUUGAAGAAUCAGAAUUCUUUCAUGGUUUGAGAACUUCUGGUGGCAAGCGGAAGCGGGAGGUUUUGGGGGAAAAGGGGGAAGACCCAUUGCACAUAGUUGGAAGCUGGAGGGAGAGCAGUUUUGUUCAGCUCCUCUUGAGCCCAGUCUUAACACACACAGGAGCUGCAGUCGGGUUGGCUUUGGACCGUUGGGGCUGGGAGAGCCAAGAGGGAGACGCGACGAGCUGUCGGAGGGGGAGGGCGGGGUGGUUUACAAGACUCUGUUUUGUAAAAAACCCACUGCGGGGAAAAAAAAUGUAGAUUUCUUGUAGAUGUUAUUAUCUAUGUUGUAAAUAUGUUUUGUAGAUUGAAGCCAUGGAAAGCCAUGCCUAUCAAAGCUUUUGACAUCCAAACUAAUCAACGCCUAGGCGGCUACAUUCAUUAGCUAGCCUUUCCUUCAUGUUAACUCGUCUGCAGACUUAAAAGCUUCAUUUCGUCAGUUCAUAGAUCAUUGAACCGCUGAGCGCGUGCGACCUGCACGUAAGCGGAGGAGGAUGUUUGAAGCCAUUUCUAUACACAGGAGCCUAGCAUAAAGCAUAACACACUGGUGUCAUUGUAGUUUCUUUCCUCAAAUAUUGGUGAUUACUCUUUAGAUUCUCCUCCUGCGCCCUCUUUGGGCGGAACUGUAAGCUGUACUCAGGCGCCGUAAACAUCCCCUCUCCGCAGGUCUAUCAUGUCUGCUCACAAAGGUUCAGUGAUCUACUUGCAGCUUCUGGUGGCCCUGCAUGUCCCAGUCUGAAAAAAAAAACAGUGCCUGGUGGUGUGGUGGAGUGAGUGAUUUAAAAACAAAACAAAAAAAAAUUUAAAGAGAUGUGAUGGCGUGCUGCUUUGGACCAUUCCCACCAUCCCCUCCCCCCUCUGGCCUCAGCCCUGCCCUGCCACACCCUCUCCUGUGACGCCUCACGCUCUCCAUGUUUCCUUUGUGUUCCAACACUUUCGGUUCCUCUUUUUUCUUUUUUCUUUUUUUUUUGUUCUUUUCUUUUUUUUUCUCCCCGUUUCAAGACGAGGUGGGCACCACUGGUUCAUUCCUUUGUACAGUCGCUAACAUACAGUGGAGUUUUAAGAAAGAGGACGCAGAAUUUAAAGGAGAAAAAAAAGGUUUUAUUUAUAAGAGUUGUAGUGACGAGCAGUAAAUCACAAUGAUAUCCACGUAUUUUUAUUUGCACCCAGUUUUAGGAGGGGUGCUCCAGCUACAGCGGGUUAGAGACGGAUGUAUGUGGAUCGCCUCUUGUGUCAGAGCAGGGCAACGAGAGGUCACAAGGUCAAAUGUGAAAUGUAUGUAUUGUAAUAAACAUGUUCAACUAAAGCAAGCACUGGUUAUUUUAUUGGAGCGUAAGGUUUGGUUCUAGUGCCUUGUCGGAAGUCUUAAGUGUCAUUGAACCUGCAAACACUUUAUUUCAUCCCCGUUCCACCAAUGAGAUCUUCAAUGAGCAUGUCACGCACAGGGUUUGUUUUUGGAGCACGUCUCAUCCCUCUCUUUAUUGUUUGUUCCCCGCUGUUGGAGAGCAGGGUCCUAAGCUGCAAAGGCCUGUUUUUUUCCCACCAUACUAUCUAUUGAGUCUAUAACUGAACUGCACCACACAUUCAGUAAAGGUGACCACAUCAUUGCUUUGUAUAUUGUUUCCUGAAGUAUAUUGACAAAUGAAAUAAAAUAUGCCUCGCCAGGG